AUGUCGCUCAACCCCGCCCACGACCGUGAUGUGCUCAACAACAUGACGUACUACGAAGUGUUGAAGCUUGCCAAGACGCACCACGUCAAGAGCAAGAAGCGCCGCAUGAGCAAGGCGUAUAUGAUCGACGCGCUUUUGGGCAUGGACCCGAACAACAACGUCGACCGCCUCGACUGCGAAGACAAGAUUGCCGCCACGCACGACUUCCGCGUCGUGCAAAACGAGGUCGAGGAGUACAUCUUCCAGCACGACCUCGGGUCGAGCGACGUGCUCUUGAUCUCGUGGAACGAAGCGUCGAUCAGCCACAUUGCGCAGGCGCUCAAGGUGAUGACCAACGCGGUGCCGCACUGGUCCUCCAUGAAGACGAUGGACCGCGUGACGCACGAUCAGCUGCUCGACGAGCUCAUGGCGUACCUCUGCUUUGGCAUCGAGCGCGUCGGCCACGUCAUGGUGAUGCCGGAGACGCCCACGGAGUGGCUCCUUCUCGGGCAGCGCCUCCGCGACAUCUCGUACGACCGCUUCAUGCAGGACUUUGCCCGCGCACCUGGCGUCUUUCCGCUGGCGACAUUCACGCUGGUGCGCGCGGCGCACUACACGGCGCUUCCGAUGCUUCCGAUGCCCCACGGCAUGAAGAACUUGUUUGAGUAA